AUGGCCCAGUUGGAGGGCAAAAAGCUUUGCAAAAAAUGUAAUGCCCGUCCAGUGUACGUUCAAAACGGUCGUGUCCACGAUUUUUGUGGAAUUCGCUGCGCCAAUGCAUUUCGUAGUGGUACUCCAGUACCCAUGAGCCCACGCGCAUCACCCGCACCUAGCGGGAACAGCAUUUGCAGGCUCCCUGGGUGCCGUCGUCGUGUUUGGACUGGCAGGGAUGGUAUCCCUAGCCAGUUCUGUUCUAAUCGUCACCGUCGGGACGCCGUGAGGACUGGAAACGCUGAAGGAUGCCUGUUGUGCAACCAACUCCCGAAGGCGGUGGUGAAUGGCAAGCUGACAGACUUCUGUUCUAAGACAUGCAGUCUAGAUGCCAUCAAUGCCGCCCCGAUCAUUCUUCAAGUAAAUAGAAGUCAUGCUGAAUUUUAUAGCGUCAAGCGUCAGUUCAGCGAGGGGUGGAAGCACGGCACAAAUGUGCCCGCAGUCGUACAUGUAUGGAAGAUUUAUGGGGAGAAAGGUAUCUACGACAAGUUCGCACGGUAUAAAUUGGGCGUGGAGCGUCGCACUAGCCUGAAGGGCGGUAACACCUGCCGCCGGUGGCAUGGCACGGUUCGCGCAUGCCAGCUGGGCAACGACGACGGCAUGCAUGAGCUCUGCAGGAAUCCUGCAUGCUCGUUGUGCGAGAUCAUACGCUCGUCCUUCCAGCUCACGCGCGUAGGCCAGCGGACGAACUUUGGGAGGUUCGGCGCAGGCAUCUACACGUCAGCGACUUCAUCCAAGGCGAACGACUACGUCGCAGAGUGGGGCGACUCGCCCUACCGUGCGAUGCUCCUUAGCAAGGUUGUCAUGGGAAAGGCCAUUAAACUUCAAAUGGGUGACCAGAGGCUUACGAAGCCGCCGCAGGGGUACGACUCUGUAGUUGGCGAACCUGGAGGUGACUUGAACUACGAUGAGAGCAUCGUGUACAAGAACGAAGCCAUACGUCCCUUAUUCCUUGUCGUUUACAGGCCGUGA